CUCAUCCGUCGAGGCUCUGGAAAGAAUCUUGAACUCGUUCGCUCACUCCUCGUCUCCCACCACCCACCAUCUUCGCUCCCCAAGCCCCAAGGCGAGAUCUCAUCAUCCCAUUCCUAAAUCCGCCACAAAACCCACACCCAAACCCAUCGAUCGUUUCGAAAGCUCCCCGAACCCCACCAAAUCCACCUCAAAUUCGCCGCGGAAUGCGUCCAAUUGGAACCCAAAUCCCGCAUCCACCAAUUCAAAUCUGAAGUAGGUUCACACCCCCGCAUUCCCCAGAUUCUCAGGCGAAUCCGCCGCAAUGGCCACCGCGGUCUCCAAAUCCGCCACCAAAUCCCAUCCCAGGUCGCCCACCACCGCGCAGCCGCUGAACCCUGGCCCCGCCGCCGGGGCCGCUGGCGCGGCGCCGUCGAAGAACGCGGCGAUGGCGGAGCUCAAGUCCCGCGUGCUCUCCGCGCUCGCCAAGCUCUCCGACCGCGACACGCACCACAUCGCCGUCGAGGAACUUGACCGCUUCAUCCGCUCGCCGCCGUCCCCCGACGCGGUGCCCAUGCUGCUCCACGCGCUGGCGUCUGAAACCCAGGGGCUCGCCUCGCCAGCGCGGCGCGAGUCGAUACGCCUCCUUGCCACGCUCUGCGGAGCGCACCCCGACGCCGCCGCUCCUCACCUGCAAAAGGUCAUGACGCAUCUAGCGCGGCGGCUCAAGGACCCGGCCUCUGACUCGUCAGUGCGUGACGCGUGCCGCGACGCUGCAGGACAGCUUGCGGCGGUGUACCUCCGGCCGCUGGCUGCUUCAGCCGCUGGUGAGUCGGGAAAUGGAACCGUCGCGCUGUUCGUGAAGCCGCUCUUCGAGGUGAUGGGAGAGCAGAGCAAGACUGUGCAGAGCGGGGCUGCGGCCUGUCUGGCAAAGACGGUGGAGGGGGCAGGACCCGGACCUGGGGUUUUGGGGAUGUUUGGUAAGCUUGGUUCGAGGGUCUUCAAAUUGGUCGGUGGGCAGGGCGUGCAGGCCAAGGGGGCACUGCUCAAUGUCAUCGGAAGCUUAGCUCAGGUUGGAGCGAUCAGUCCCCAGAAUAUGCAGCAGACACUCCAAAGUAUCCGCGACUGUCUUGAGAACAGUGAUUGGGCUACUAGAAAAGCAGCAGCUGAUACAUUGUGUGUCCUGGCAACCCAUUGUGGACGCUUGAUUGGUGAUGGAGCUUCUCCAACCAUAGCUGCUCUUGAGGCUUGCCGUUUCGAUAAGGUAAAGCCAGUCAGAGAUAGCAUUAUUGAUGCAGUGCAGCUGUGGAAGCAAUUGACAGGAGAAGAUACAGAUGAUGGUAAAAAUAAAGAGCCAAAUGGUAGUGAAGGGAAGCUAGAUUCGCCUACCAACAACGAGAAAGCAAAGGGCAGUAGCAUAGCUGAGAAAGCAGCAGUUCUCUUGAAGAAAAGACCUACAUUAACUGACAGGGAAUUGAACCCUGAAUUUUUUCAAAAGCUUGAGACACGAACAACCGAUGACUUGGCUGUUGAGGUGGUAGUACCACGCAAGACUCUACAUUCUCAUUUACAAAGUGAAGAUGAUCUAGAAGAAGCAGAUGGCGAUGCUGGUCCAGCUAACAGCAAUGGAUCUGCAGAUGAUGAAGGGAGUCUGACUCAAGUUCGUGCAAACUCUAAUUUUCAUAGUAUUCCAAAUAAAUGGGCUGGCCAAAGAGGAAAUAGAAACAAAGAUGCAAAGGUUAAGGCAUCUGAUGCUGAAGAUAGGAGUGAAACCAGUGCAAAAGAUUCUGUUUCUGCAACAAUGAUGAUCCCUGGAGAAGGUCCUUUCAUAAAUAAUAAAACAAACUGGUUGGUAAUACAAAAGCAGUUAUCGCAAUUGGAGAGACAGCAAACAAGUCUCAUGAACAUGUUACAGGAUUUCAUGGGGGGCUCUCAUGACAGCAUGGUUACUCUAGAGAACAGAGUGCGUGGUCUUGAGAGAGUUGUCGAGGAAAUGGCUCGGGAUAUAUCACUAUCAUCAGGCAGGAGAGGUGGUGGUGGAACACUGGGCUUCGAUUCAUCUCCUGGCAGAUCGUCUGCAAAAUACAAUGGUUUUCAUGAAUACUCUAAUUCAAAAUUUGGGAGGGGCGGUGAUGGACGGAUGGGAUUUGCAGAUAGGUAUUUUUCUGCAGAUGGUUCAGGUGUAAGAAGCCCAUCUCGGAGACCAGAUUCUGAACAAUGGGAUUCAUAUGCUUAUUCUGGAUCAAGAGGUGGAAUGAAUUCCAGGAGAGGGUUAGAUUCUUUUUCAGAUAGUAGGGUGCCUAGAAAUGGUAAUGAUCAAGCAGGUGCUAGGCGAGGAUGGGAUAAAGGACAGGGGCCAUUUAGGUUUGGGGAGGGACCUUCUGCUCGUAGUGCAUGGAGAGCCUCAAAAGAUGAAGCGACACUGGAAGCUAUUAGAGUGGCUGGUGAAGAUAAUGGAAGUUCAAGGGCUGCUGCAAGAGUUGCUAUUCCUGAACUGGAUGGAGAGGUUUUGAAUGAUGGCAAUCAAGGGGAUGGAAGAGGCCCACUUUGGGAGUCCUGGACUCGUGCGAUGGAUGCUGUUCAUGUUGGUGACAUGGAUUCCGCUUAUGCUGAGGUUCUUUCAACUGAAGAUGCUGAACUAGUUGUAAAAUUAAUGGAGCAAACAGGACCAGUCGUUGACCAACUAUCCAAUGAGGUUGCAAAUGAGGUCCUACAUGCCGUCGGUCAAUUCCUUGUAGAAGAAAACUUCUAUGAUAUAGCUUUGAGCUGGCUUCAGCAGUUGACUGACCUGGUAAUGGAAAACGGAUCUGACUAUCUUGGAAUCCCUCGAGAUGCAAAGACUGACCUCUUAUUUGGACUUCAUGAAGCUACCGCCAUCGAGCUGCCAGAUGAUUGGGAGGGGGCAACACCGAUCCAGAUAAUGAAGCAGCUAGCCUCAUCAUGGCGCAUCGACCUUCAGCAGCUUAUCAAUUAAGGACAUUGGUUAUUCAUAUGAGUUGAUUUCAUUUGUUCAUUACCCUACCCCCCCCCCCCCCCCCCCCCCCCCCUCUUUUCUCUUUUUGCCCUGUGGCUAUCUAGGAGUCUAAUGAUCAGAUAUGACAGAACGUGAGUAGAGGAGCGGAACUGUGUUGACAUGGUUGGUGUUGUCGAGUGAUAUUAUGUUCAUAUUGUUUUCACCGCUUCUUUCCUUUUCUUAAUUUGCGGAAUCAUUUUUUGCAUUCUA